AUGGCGUACGGACGCGGCGGUGCAGGCAAUUACUACGCGGCGCAGGAGCAAAGUAAGAAGGUUGCCGAGGACGUCGAAGCCAACCGCUCUUCCACCACUGCCGCUGCGCAACCUUCACGCGACCCUCCACAAGUGCAGCCCUCCAACGCGUCGCAAGACUACGCACACAUGGGUCGUGGUGGUGCCGGCAACUGGUACCAGCCCACUGAGCUCCAGAAAGAGGGCACCUUUACUCAGGCUGCUGACGCAACUGCUAUUCCCACAUCAUCGAAGCCACAAGUUAGCACGCCGUGGCAUCCAGAAGGCCAGGAACUUCCUGUUGCGAGAAGUGGGAGAGGUGGUGCUGGUAACUUUGUAUGGAAAAGUGAGGAACAAACGAAGCGACAGGUCCAAGAUGAAGAAAAGAGAAUUGAGGGGCUGAGGAACGAAGUGGAGAGAAGUGUUGAGGCUGGCUUGGCGAAACCGCCUGGCGCACUGCUUGGGAAGGAAACGCAGAAGGGCUGGUGA